UCUCCCGGGUCGUUCGGUGCGUCCUCUGCAUUUGGCGGGCCUCAUACUCGACAAAAGCAAAAAUUUCCAAUAAAAAAAUACACACCAGGUGCUAAAUCGAUAGACUAAACGAUCCCCCAACCACCGAAUGGCCCGUGAAACCCAUGAAAAACGUUCAAUUGCGAUUUAUCAACCGAAUGUGUGACGUAAACGUGUCUGGUGAAUAGUGAAAAAUAAUGCCUGUUACAAAUCGCUUGGUGUAAACACGUCGCCCUCAUUCUGUCUCUAUCCCACCACAAGCCAGUGGGGGAAUUAUUUGGACAGCAGUUGUUGCGCACAAGCAUCUGCGCAGGCAAAUUUUGAACGGGGCACAACCUACCGAAGCAAUCCAACACGAAGGCAGCCUCUGGCGUGUAUUGGGUAGGGAAGUGAGGCAAACGGCGAGGAGACGAACGAAGGAGCGAAGAAUAUAUUCCCAAAGUUUCGAUCGGCCAUAUUGGGGUCUACUGCGUUGAAUCUUACACAACGCCCUCACACGUACGAACGAGUGGCUUUACUGAAACUUCAGCAUUGAAGAACCUGGGGAGAUUGAUGAUUGCACUAUGUCGGCUAACGUAACGACGAUAAAGCUUGAAGAGGGGCAGGAGUCGGUAACGGAAAUCCAGACUUAUCUGGAGACGUUUAAUAAAGAGAUCGAAGGUGGCCAGGGUGAGCAGUUGCAACAUGUGCAGCUCCAGCAGGUUGAAGGUCUCUCCGGUGGUGAAGAAGGUGGUACAUACUUCGUAGACCAAUCGGGCCAGUACUACUACCAAGCCAGCAGUGACGAUGCGCCAGUUAUGACCCAAGUGCAGAUUCAGGAAGUAGAGGAAGAGGGACAGCCAGAGGAAGUCCAAGAAGAGCAGUACCACGAAGUUGAGGAGCUCGAGAAUGUAGAGGCCGAGGAGGAUGGUCAAGUUUCCAGUAAUGGAAAUGUGGUAUUAAACUCGACAGAUGCUUACCAAACAGUGACGAUAGUCCCCUCAGAUACCAAUCCUGGUGAAGUCAGCUACGUUCUGAUUGUACAGCAGCCAGAUGGCGAGGAGAAGGAACGAGUCGAGGGUGAGGGGGUCGAGGGAGAAGAGGGUGAGCAAGAUCUCACAGUAUACGAUUUUGAGGACAACGAGGAUAACGAUGGUGCGCAAACCGAGUACGAAGCUGACGAUGAUAAAACUAAAAUUGUCAAGUAUUUACCGAAAAAAUCACAGACCGUAACUCAGGCGCACAUGUGCAAUUACUGCAACUACACGAGUCCAAAGCGCUAUCUACUCUCGAGACACAUGAAGUCACACUCUGAGGAAAGGCCCCACAAGUGCAGUGUCUGCGAGAGGGGAUUUAAGACACUUGCUUCAUUACAGAAUCAUGUUAACACUCACACAGGCACGAAACCGCAUCAUUGCAAGUUCUGCGACAGUGCGUUCACCACAUCAGGGGAACUGGUGCGACACGUGAGAUACCGACACACCCACGAAAAACCGCACAAAUGUCACGAGUGCGAUUAUGCAUCCGUGGAGCUGUCGAAGUUGAAGAGACACAUAAGGUGUCACACUGGAGAGCGUCCGUACCAAUGUCCCCAUUGUACAUACGCCAGUCCCGAUACGUUUAAAUUGAAACGACAUUUGCGUAUUCAUACCGGUGAAAAACCGUAUGAGUGUGACAUUUGUCAGGCGAGAUUUACGCAAUCCAACAGUUUAAAGGCGCAUAAACUAGUGCAUAAUGUUGGAGACAAACCGGUAUUCCAGUGCGAGCUGUGUCCAACGACCUGCGGCAGAAAAACAGAUCUCAGGAUUCACGUACAAAAAUUGCAUACCUCUGAUAAGCCAUUGAAAUGCAAACGCUGUGGCAAGGCAUUCCCCGACCGGUACAGCUACAAGUUGCACAGUAAAACACAUGAGGGUGAAAAAUGUUACAAAUGUGAUCUCUGUCCCUACGCCUCUAUUUCCGCUAGACAUUUGGAGAGUCACAUGUUAAUCCACACCGAUCAAAAACCGUACCAGUGCGAUCAUUGUUAUCAGUCGUUCAGGCAAAAGCAGCUAUUGAAACGUCACUGCAAUCUCUAUCACAAUCCAUCGUACGUGCCGCCACCACCGCAGGAGAAGACGCAUCAGUGUCCCGAGUGCGAGCGUGCCUUCAGGCAUAAGGGUAAUUUGAUUAGGCACAUGGCUGUUCACGAUCCCGAGUCGUCGCUGCAGGAGAAACAACAGGCGUUGAAGAUUGGCAGGCAGAAGAAGAUACAGAUCAUCGAUGGACAGAGGGUCGAGGUCAUGACUGGUGAUUUAGCUUCUAAACUUAAAGGUUACGACGACGACGAAGAAGAGGAGGAGGAGGAAGAGGACAUGAUGGCUGUCGAGGGGAGCGAUGGACAGCAGUAUGUUGUUCUUGAGGUCAUUCAGUUGGCUGAUAAUCAAAACACUGAUCAGAUGGCUGUUGUGGCGAGUGAGGAUGGUGACUUGAUGAUGCAGGAUCCACUGAGUUCCGAAGCUGGAAUUGUAGAAUCAAUAGAGAACGGCGAAGAAGAGGAGGAGGAGGAAGAAGAAGAGAUGAACUUGGAGGAGAUCAAACAGGCAAUCGCGUCUCGUAAAGUAGUGCACCAGAAAGUGAACAGUGAUUCAAAAAUAAGUAAAGAUAUGGAGAACUGCUUCGGCUUUGACGAGGAAGAGGAAGAGGAGGAGGAGGACACGGGCACCGAGAUUCGUCUCCUGGAGUCACUCUCGUAAUGAUCAGCACUCGACUAAACUGGGCGUAACGUACCUACUUAAUAGUCAGAACAUUUGUCUUUUAAUCGACAGAGCGGGAAGCUAAUGAUGCCACACGUACAUUGAUUGGCAGGACUGUGGGAUUAAACAGUGUAAAUUAGAAAUAUGUAAUAAUUUAUGCAUCUUACUGUGUUUAGUCAUACCCAUUAAGGCUCGUAGUAUCUGAGUGAUAUAAAUGAGAUGGGAUUCAUUUGGAAAAACUGAUGAAACAAUCACGUCAACUUCAGAAUCAACGUUUCUAUUUUUCGCUCUUUUAUCCAACUCACACGAGUUUUUCAUUCGUUUGGUAAUCCAUCUACCGAUGGAGAUCAAUUAAAGAACUUAUAGUGUUUAACGUGCGAAUGAAGAAACAAGAAUGAGUGAAUUGGCAGGUUUCUGUCUUGUACAUAUUUUUUUUUCUUGAAUUUAUUCUGUAUUUGAUAAGCUUAAAAAAUUACACUAAGGGUUUAGCUUAAUUGUCCAGAGAAUGUACUCUGUACUGAGUGGAUUAUUCCAUCCACAAUGUUAGAAUGAAUGGUAAAUGAUUUAAUUGAAAAAUACACGAUUCCACAGACAUGACCAAAAG